GCCACGUGAUGAUGGAGCUGAUCGACCUGAGAAGGCAGCUCUUGUCUGGUCACCUGACGCAGGACCAGAGCAGAGACGUCAAGAGACACAUCACCGUCAGAUUGGACUGGGGCAACGAACACCUGGGUCUGGACCUGGUGCCAAGAAAGGAGUUUGAGAUGGUGGAUGAAGACCAGAUAAGCGUGUCAGAUCUUUAUAAGAUGCACCUGUCCAGCAGACACAGUGUACAACAGAGCACCACACAGGGUGACGGUACCCGGCAGCGACACGGGGAGCCGUGCAGAGUUCCAGUUCCUCACCACCUACUGGUCAACCUGAAGAGCUUCACCUACAACAGCAUAGGAGAAGACACCGACAUAUUCUUCUCUUUGUACGACCUGAGGGAGGGGAAGACCAUCAGUGAGAAGUUCAUGGUAAGACUGAACAAGAAUGGAGGACCAAAGAAUCCGGAGAAGGUGGACAGGCUGUGUGCACUCUUCACGGACCUGAGCAACAAAGACAUGAAGAGGGAUCUCUACAUCAUCUCCCAGGUCAUCAGAACAGGUCGUAUGCUGCUGAAUGACAGUAAGAAGGGCCCUCCGCAUGUUCAGUACCGCCGACCGUACGGCUGUGCUGUCCUGGCCAUGAGCGACGUGCUGCAGACCAUCUCAGAGCUCAAAGAGGAGAAAGACUUUGUCCUGAAAGUCUACACGUGUAACAAUGAGAAUGAAUGGUACCAGAUUCACGAGAACAUCAUCCGCAAGUCCAGCACCAAAUACACGGCCCCAAGCACCAACUACGGUCUGAUCAUCUCUCUGCAGCUGCUGAGGGGCGACAUGGAGCAGGUCCGCAGAGAGAACCCACUCAUUUUUAGCAGGGGGGUGGCAAUGACACGCAAACUGGGCUUCCCAGAUGUCAUCAUGCCAGGUGACAUCCGUAACGACCUGUACUUGACCCUGGAGCGAGGCGACUUUGAGAGGGGAGGGAAGAGCGUUCAGAAGAACAUUGAAGUCACUGUCUAUGUGCUCUACGCCGACGGAGAGAUCCUCAAGGACUGCAUCUGUCUGGGUUCAGGUGAGCCCAGCGUGCCAGAGCAUCGAUCCUUCGUGCUCUACCAUAACAACAGCCCCCGAUGGAGUGAAGUGAUUAAACUACCGAUUCCUAUCGACCGUUUCAGAGGUUCCCACCUACGCUUCGAGUUCAGACACUGCUCCACGAAGGACAAAGGAGAGAAGAAGCUGUUUGGCUUUGCCUUCACUCCUCUGAUGAGGGAGGAUGGGACCACUCUUUCCGACGAGAGUCACGAACUCUACGUUUACAAGUGCGAUGAGAACACGACCUUCAGUAAUCACGCCCUCUACCUUGGCCUGCCCUGCUGCAAAGAAGACUUCAACAGCUGUCCCAGCAUCCCCUCCAGCCUCAUCUUCCAGCGCAGCGCCAAGGAGACGUUCUGGAUCGCCACACAGCUCUCCUCCACCAAGCUCACUCAGAACGUGGACCUACUCGCCCUCCUUAAGUGGAAGGCCCACCCGGACCGGGUCAUGGACAUUCUCGGCCGGCUACGACACGUCAGCGGAGAGGAGAUAGUGAAGUUUCUACAAGACAUUUUGGACACCUUAUUCUCCAUCUUGGAUGACAACACUGACAAAUAUGGACCCCUGGUGUUCCAGUCAUUGGUGUUCAUCAUAAACCUGCUCAGGGACAGUAAAUAUUACCACUUUCGGCCGGUGAUGGACACAUAUAUCCAGAAGCACUUUGCUGGCGCGUUGGCUUACAAAGAGCUGAUCCGCUGUCUGAAGUGGUACAUGGACCGCUCUGCAGAGGUGGUCAGACAGGAUCACAUACAGGAAGCAAUGAGGGCCCUCGAGUACCUGUUCAAGUUUAUCGUCCAGUCUCGGAUCCUUUAUUCUCGCGCCACCUGCGGGAUGGAGGAGGAGCAGUUCCGCACCAGCAUCCAGGAACUCUUUCAGUCGAUCCGCUUCGUCCUCAGCCUGGACAGCCGCAACUCAGAGACCCUCAUCUUCACACAGGCCGCUCUGUUGAACUCGUUCCCAGCGAUCUUUGAUGAGCUGCUGCAGAUGUUCACGGUGCAGGAAGUGGCAGAGUUUGUGCGCGGCACUCUGGGCAGCAUGCCGUCCACGGUGCACAUAGGACAGUCCAUGGACGUGGUCAAACUGCAGUCCAUAGCCCGGACAGUGGACAGCAGGCUCUUCUCUUUCCCAGAGUCUCGAAGGAUCCUGCUUCCUGUGGUCCUGCAUCACAUCCAUCUCCAUCUGAGGCAGCAGAAAGAGCUGCUCAUCUGUUCUGGGAUACUCAGCUCUAUAUUCUCUAUUAUCAAGACCAGCUCACUGGACACGUCUGUGCAGGAGGAGGUGGAGAUGAUGGUAGAGUCCCUACUGGACGUCCUCCUCCAGACCCUGCUGUCAAUCAUGAGCAAGAGCCAGUCGCAGGAGGCGGUAAGGGGUCAACGCUGUCCGCAGUGCACCGCGGAGAUCACUGGAGAGUAUGUGUCCUGCCUCCUGUCCCUCCUCCGCCAGAUGACGGACAUCCACUUCCAACACCUGAUGGAAAACUUUCAGAGCAAAGAGGAGCUCAAGGAGUUCUUGUUGAAGAUUUUGUGUGUGUUCAGAAAUCUGAUGAAGCUCAGUAUUUUCCCUCGCGACUGGAACGUCAUGAGGCUCCUCACCAGCAACAUCAUCCUGACCACAGCUCAGUACUUGUCUCCUGCUCUGCACAAGAACUUCACAGAAGCCGACUUUGAUUUUAAGGUGUGGAACUCGUACUUCAGUCUGGCGGUGCUGUACAUCAACCAGCCCAGUUUACAGCUGGAAAGCCUGAGUCCUGCUAAGAAGAAGAAGGUCCUAGACAAGUACGGUGACAUGAGAGUGAUGAUGACCUACGAACUGUUCAGUAUGUGGCAGAACCUUGGUGAGAAUAAGAUCCACUUCAUCCCCGGUAUGAUCGGCCCGUUCCUGGGAGUGACGCUGGUUCCUCAGGUGGAGGUACGAAACAUCAUGAUCCCCAUCUUCCACGACAUGAUGGACUGGGAGCAGCGCAAGAACGGAAACUUCAAACAGGUGGAGGCUGAGCUGAUUGACAAACUGGACAGUUUGGUUUCUGAGGGUAAAGGUGAUGAGAACUACAGAGAACUCUUCGGUUUGCUUCUGUUGGAAAAAAUCGAGCAGGAGACGUGGAGAGAGACGGGGAUCUCCUUCGUUACCUCGGUCACACGGCUGAUGGAACGACUGCUGGACUACCGGGACUGCAUGAAGGGAGAUGAGACAGAGAACAAGAAGAUUGGCUGCACUGUUAACCUCCUGAACUUCUACAAGUCAGAGAUCAACAAGGAGGAGAUGUACAUCCGCUACAUCCACAAACUGUGUGAUAUGCAUCUACAGGCUGAGAACUACACUGAGGCUGCGUUCACGCUGCUGUUAUACUGGGAGCUGCUGCACUGGGACGAGCGGCCUCUGAAAGAGUUCCUGCAUUAUCCUGCUCAGACUGAGUGGCAUCGCAAGGAGGGGCUCUGCCGCAAAGUCAUCCACUACUUCAACAAGGGAAAGUGCUGGGAGUUUGGUAUUCCUCUGUGCAGGGAGCUGGCCUUCCAGUAUGAAUCUCUGUAUGACUACCAGAGUCUCAGCUGGAUACGGAAAAUGGAGGCAGCGUAUUAUGACAACAUUAUGGAGCAGCAGCGUCUGGAGCCGGAGUUCUUCAGGGUCGGGUUCUACGGCAGGAAGUUCCCCUUCUUCCUCAGAAACAAAGAGUUUGUCUGUCGCGGCCAUGACUAUGAAAGGCUUGAGGCCUUCCAGCAAAGGAUGCUGGGAGAAUUCCCACAGGCCAUUGCGAUGCAGCACCCCAAUCAGCCAGAUGAGGCCAUCCUGCAGUGUGACGCACAGUACCUCCAGAUCUACGCAGUGACGCCGGUACCGGACAGCGUCACCGUCCUCCAGAUGGACAGAGUCCCCGAUCGCAUCAAGAGCUUCUACCGCGUCAACAACGUUCGCCGUUUCCGAUACGACCGACCCUUCCACAAAGGACCCAAAGACCGAGACAACGAGUUCAAGAGUCUUUGGAUUGAGAGGACGACCCUGAUCCUCACCCACCCUCUGCCUGGCAUCUCACGCUGGUUUGAGGUGGACAAGAGAGAGCUGGUGGAGGUGAGUCCGUUAGAAAACGCCAUCUCUGUGGUGGAGAAUAAGAACCAGGAGCUGCGGACUCUGAUCAGCCAGUACCAACACAAGCAGCUGCACGGCAACAUCAACCUGCUCAGCAUGACUCUGAACGGAGUCAUCGACGCCGCCGUUAACGGAGGCAUUGCCAGAUACCAAGAGGCCUUCUUUGAUAAGGAGUACAUCACCAGCCACCCUGAAGACACAGAGAAGAUCACACAGCUCAAAGACCUGAUGCAGGAGCAGGUCCACGUCCUAGGAGUCGGCCUGGCUGUGCACGAGAAGCUGGUGCACCCAGAAAUGCGUCCCCUGCACAAGAAGCUGAUAGAUCAGUUCCAGAUGAUGAGGAGCAGCCUCUGCCAUUGUUUCUACGUGGCGUUGCAGGGUCUGCCCGGUUUAGAAAAGGCUGGUUCAGGAGCCAACACUCCCCGAGGGAUCCUGGCCUCUCACAGCCCGCUGAGUCCCGAGAGCUUCAAACUCAUGCACCGCCACAGUCCCAUAGCUGUUCUGACUCCUGUGCGCAACUCCUCCUCCUCUCUCUCCUCUCACACCUCCAGUGAGACUGGGAACGUUGGCAGCCUGCUGAUUCUGGCUGAUGGCAUGGUGGUGGAGCACCCGGAGGACUUCUACCGCAUGCAGGCAAGCCCCUCCUCCUCCAGCCUUAGCUCUACUCACUCGGCGCCCUCACAGAUGAUGAACUCCGCGCCCUCGACCAUCAGAGUCGGCUCUCCUUCUCUGCCAGACAAAUACAGACACAACAGAGAAAUGCUGAUGCUGCUGCCGCCACACAGAGAGAGGCCGAGCAGCGCGAUGUACACCAACAUCACCGAGAACGGACAGGUAAUGAACUUCCAGCGAGCGUUGUUCCAUCAGGUGAUCGGUCCAUGUAAACCCUGCAGCGACCCCAACCUCUCUGUAGCAGAGAAAGUCCUGACCACUCCCAGUAGCUGGAGUUUGGACAGUGGUACCAGGGAGACCCUCCCCUUCCUGUCUGCUCAUGUUGGCAGUGUCAUGGCGCCUCCUGUUCCCCCACGCAACCUGCCUCAUGGGCAACACCUGUCGAUGCACUUUGACGCUUUCCACCACCAGGUCAGCGACCUCCCUCCAGCUCUCCCUGCGCGCUCCUUAAGAAAGUCUCCGCUGCACCCUAUACCUGCCUCGCCCACCAGUCCACAGUCCAUCCUGGAUGGCAGUAACUCCACCUUGUCGGGCAGCGCCAGCUCUGGAGUCUCCUCCCUCAGCGAGAGCAACUUCGGCGGCCCCGCCUCCUCUUCAGACCCCCCGGCCAGCCGCACAGACACCCUGGAGUCUGUCCCCAGCAGCCAGACCUGGACCACCGACCAGGAAGACCUGGACUCGCCUUACCAGCCCGUCAGGUACAGCAUCUCCGAGCCUGAUGUCCUGGACGGAGUCAAACCCCCGCCCUGCCGCAGCCAAUCCGCCCCGGGAGGCGUCACCCCGGCCCAGGCAGGCGGCCAAACCCAUCCCCAGGCCCCGGGUGCGGCCUCCACCGGAGCUCCACAACAACCACAGCAGCAGGAGGGGCUGCCACACCCCCAACACCACCACUACUACCACCACUUUCACCCGCACUACCUCCCCCACCACCCGCCGCUCUACCACCUCCACGAGCCCCCGCCAGCCCUGCCCCCCAAGCCUUACCUCAGAGAGGGGUGUAUCCCUGAAGAAGACCCCCUUAACACCCAGUCCGCACCCCCUCCUCCUGCACCCCGGCCCAUGCCACGCAAGAUCUCCCAGCCCAUAAUCGCAGCCACCAAGGAUGAGCAAGCUAAAGUGGCGUGGGAGCACGGCAUCAGUGAGUGACGAUGGUGAAACGUGCACGAUUUAAAACGAACAGAAUAUAAACUCUUUUCAGAAGAGAGGAAGAAGCGCCGAACUGAGAGAAACUGUCAGAUCCCCCCCCCCCCAGAUGUCCUGAUAACCAACUAAUCACUGAAAAGGAGAAGCUGGAAAGAUGAAGGUUAAACUGAUCUGCGCUCUCACUCCUCACCCUCAGCACGCCAGCUCCGUGUCCUUAGCUUUCAGCAUUUAACCUUCACGUCCUUGUAUGAGCACACAAAGCUUGAUUUAUUUGCUUGAAUCAACUAUUUAAUCACCUUUUUUUUUUCACGAAAAUGUCCAAAAAGUCCAUAUUUCUAAAUUCAGUCGCACCUGUACUGAAAUUGCACAGAUAAUUAUCCAUCUCAUGUUAGUUAUUGGUUUCAUUUUCAUUGAUAACAUUACUCAAACGUUAUCAUUCAGAAGGUUAAAGAUGUUAAAUAAUAAAAUAACAACAAGGGAUUAUUCCCUGUUGUUACUUCGCUCUGGAGAUAUUUAGACAAGCUGCACUUUAACAAAGCAACAGAGCACCAAAACACACGAGAAUCUAAUCAAAUAUUUUUUAUAAAUAUAAAACUGGAGAGACAGUUAUUAGGGGUUAUGGGAUUAUUUAGAUGCUACAUAAAGAUAAAGUAAAAAUCUUAUUGAAAGCAUGACAAAGACAAAGAAAUUGUAAUAUUGAAGCCAAAACUUCAGUUCAAGAAUCAAACAAACGAUUUAUUGAGAUCCUCCCCCUUCAUGUUCUUCGUCAGAUAAACGUGACGCAGCCGAAAUGUAUUUAUAUUUUCCAACACAGAAAUCAAAGUAUGUAGAUAAAUGUAAUACAGUAUAUAGAAGUAUAUAAAUAUAAUUUAUAUUUAAUCCUUGUUGAAGGUGAAACCUGUGUAGAAAUAUGCAAGAUGAACGGCUUCCUGAGCCGCCAGUAGCUGCUUGAUGAUACACGACGUGAGGACGCCUCUCGCACAAACACUCUGAAAUUUGCAUCCCACAAUUUUCAGAGAGACUGUGGGAGAGAUCCACAAAGGUAAACCACUGGAAGCUCUGGGGAACUUCUGUGCACUGACGACUUUGUAGUUUAGGAAGCGGAACCAGAUUUAAUCUUGGUGAUACUGGUGUACAAGUACUGUGAAAGCCCGAACAGGACGCAAAACAAGCAGUUUACAGAGUGAAGAGUCUUUGUGAAGGUUUUCUGCAGGGUGCUGCAUUACUGCUGCUGGAGUUUCCUUCAGCUCUGCAGCAGGGCAGCUGAGGGGAGGUUCAUCUUUAUUUUGUGUAUUUUGCAUCAACGACAGAUCCAGAGUACUGCGAUGAUAUUCCUUUGUACUAUGAUGCUAAUCAGAAGUAUUUCUUGUAUAUAAAAGUCUUUAUUGUGUUAGCAUGGGUAUAAACUGUGACGUGUACGACAGUAGAUGUAAAUACUCACGUUUUUUUUCCUACUCACUAAACAAACUGCUGUGUUGUGGAUUCAUGAUUUAAUGACAAACAUUAAACAAUAAUGUUUUAUUGACUCA